AUGUCUUCUCUUCUCAAUUCUGAGACAGCCGCGGUGUCAAUCUUCAACGCGGUAGCCCAACGCAUUCCAUCUCGUAUCGCAUUGGCCGGAAAGCUCCUGACAGAACACCGCCAAUCGACGAUUCAUGAGUUGACGGUAGAGAAUAUUUUACACGGCUUGCGUGGGACCCCUUGUCUGCUCUGGGAGAUCUCUGAAACUAGUCCCCUGGGCAUAAAGUACCACGGCAAGACUGUUACUGAGCUCAACGCACUCCUGCCUAAAUGGCCUAUGUCAACCCAAAUUUCUCCUGAAGCGAUGCUGUGGUUUUUGUAUACCGCUGAAAUUCCGACGCCUACACAACUCAAACACUUCUCAAACGACCUUAUUUCCCGGGCAGAACUCCCUCUAGAUGCCCAGACCUUCUGUGAUGGUCUUUCGACCGACAUCCCUGCCGACACUCAAAUUAUUAUGACUCUUUCCUUCCUCUCCCGCUACUCGAAGUUCACCGCAGCGGUAACCAAGGGAGCACAUAAAAAUGAUCUUUGGAAGUAUGUUCUCGAGGAUGCACUCGACAUUACCGCUCGUUUUCCCAUGAUACUCUCGCGGAUAUACGCGAAUGUUCAUGGCCUUCCUCACCAGCCAUGGUCUAUUGAUCUUGAUCUUGCUGCAAAUUACGCCCGCCAUAUCGGGAGGGAGCAUGACACCGAUUACACCGAAUUCACUCGAAUGUGUUGGUCUCUUUAUAUGGACCAUGGCACAAGCGUAUCUGCCCAUGCUAUGCGACUCGUCAGCUCUGCCUGGACAGAUCCCUACCUUACAGUGGCAUCUGGAUACAUCGCAGGCACCGGUCCUCUUCACGCAAAAGCAAUAGGCGAUUCGGUCAUGUUCAAUCUCGCUUUAAUCUCAGCCCUUGGGCCUAAUGCCACCAAAGAAGAUAUUGCGACGCAUGUUGGUCAGCACCUGCUGGGGGGCAAGAUUGUCCCCGGCUUUGGGCACGCCCUCCUGCGUGUUCCUGAUGCGCGCCUUGUUGCGUUGACCAACUUUUUGGAAACACAUCCGUCUUCUGACCCUAAAGUCGACGACUUCCUCAACCUUAUCCAGAGCAUCAACUCUGUUGUGCCCCCGCUCCUUCGCGAGAAGGUCCAAGGAAUGCGGAAUCCUCAUCCCAACGCUGAUGCGUUGAGUGGGAGCAUUCUCCAUGCCUACGGAGUGCCAGUUGACUUUAUGCUCUCCUUCUUUGCCUGCAGCCGUGCACCGGGUUUUCUGGUCCAACAGGUCUGGGACCGUGCCCUCGGUUUGUCGAUGGAGCGUCCGUUAAGCUUGACGAUGGAUGAAUUACUGGCCAAGGCGGAGACGAAAACUGCCAACGCGACCACCAAUGGUGUCAACGGACACACGAAUGGAGUGGCAACUGCCAAUGCCCAUUAA